CCGAAACAAACCACUGCGCAUGCGUUAACAUACGGUCUCCUUGGCGCUGACGUCACCGUCCUCUCCUCCUCCCGGCUGGAGAACCCGGAUGUGAGUGGUGUUGGCAGCAGCUGAUGUUUUUAAUACAUAAACAGGCAGAACACAGAAAGCAGGCCACGCAGAGGACAGAGACACGCAGAGGACAGAGACACGCAGAGGACAGGGACACCAGAGACACCAGAGACACCAGAGACACGGAGAGGACAGAGACACUGCUCCUCCUCACGGAGACACGGUCUGUGCUGGGCUGCAGAGAGGAGUGCCGGCGGGAUGAGCGGGGCCGCUCUGGGUAUCGAGAUCGUGGUGGUGUUCUUCCUGGCGCUGUUCCUGCUGCACCGGUAUGGAGACUUCAGGAAGCAGCAGCGCAUGGUUCUGUUCGGCACGCUGCUGGCCUGGUACCUGUGCUUCCUCAUCGUCUUCAUCCUGCCGCUGGACGUCAGCACGACCAUCUACAAGCAGUGUAAGAUCGACCACGAGGACCACGCCUCCACUCCCACCCUCAGCCCCUUUCCAGCCAAUCACACGACGGCUAACACGUCCGUCACGCCCACCAAGAGGAGCGUACUAAAGACCUGCUACAAGCCGUGGAGCUACAUCCCAGAUGGCAUCAUGCCGGUGUUCUGGAGGGUGGUGUACUGGACGUCCCAGUGUCUCACGUGGCUGCUGCUGCCCUUCAUGCAGUCCUACGCUCGCUCUGGAGGAUUCUCCAUCACCGGGAAGAUAAAGACGGCUCUGAUAGAGAACGCUAUUUAUUACGGGACCUACCUGCUGAUCUUCGGCUCGCUGCUCAUCUACGUGGCUGUUCAUCCUGAGUGGCAUCUGUCCUGGUACGAGCUGCAGACCAUCGGCAUCACGGCGGCCAACACCUGGGGCCUCUUCCUGCUGGUGCUGCUGCUCGGUUACGGUCUGGUGGAGAUCCCCCGAUCCUACUGGAACGCCUCGCGACACGGACACCUGCUCAUCAAGACCUACUUCAAGGCCUCCAAGCUGAUGACGGAGAAGGCGGACGCAGAGGAGAACCUGGAGGACGUCAUGGAGGAGGUGAGAAAAGUCAGUGAAUCCAUCAAGUACAACCAUCCACUGAGGAAGUACGUCGACACGAUCCUCAGAAAAUGUCCGGUGGACUACCAGGAGAAGAUGGGCAGGAACAUGGACGACUACGAGGACUUUGACGACAAACAGAACACUUACCCGAGUGAGAAGAGCCUGGUGAAGCUCCACAAACAGGUGAUCUACGCCGUCCAGAGACACAACAGGACUCGUGUCCAGUGGCAGAUCCUCCUGCAGCAGGCCAUCCACCUGGAGGACGUGGCUAAGAACGAGACCAGUACGACCCACCAGUUUGUCCACAGCUUCCCGUCCUCUGAGCCGGCCGGCUGGUUCAGCAGAUACGUGUACACGGCGACUGUAGAGUGGUACUGGGAGUGCUUCCUGAAGUGCUGGUUCUACCGGCUGCUGUCGGUGGUCCUGACCCUGUUCAGCGUGGCCGUGGUCUGGUCUGAGUGCACCUUCUUCAGCACGCGUCCGGUCCUCUCUCUGUUCGCCGUGUUCAUCCAGCUGGCUGAGCGAGACUACAACUACCUGUACAUCGAGAUGGCGUGCUUCAUCACCAUCUUCUUCCUCUGUACCUGCGUUUACUCCACUGUGUUCCGCAUCCGGGUUUUCAAUUACUACUACCUGGCCUCCCAUCACCAGACCGACGCCUACAGCCUCCAGUUCAGCGGCAUGUUGUUCUGCCGUCUGACGCCUCCUCUGUGUCUCAACUUCCUGGGUCUGAUCCACAUGGACUCGGCCAUCUCCCACCAGCAGAAGGAGCAGACUGCGUACACGUCUAUCAUGGGGUCCAUGCGUGUCCUCUCCUUCAUCGCUAACGGGUUCUACAUCUACUACCCGAUGCUCAUCGUCAUCCUCUGCAUCGCCACCUACUUCAGUCUGGGGACUCGCUGCCUGAACCUUCUGGGCUUCCAGCAGUUUGUGGGCGACAGUGAGAUGACCUCUGACCUCAUUGACGAGGGGAAGGAGCUGAUCCGUCGAGAGAAAAGGAAGCGUCAGAGGACUGAAGACGGAGAGAACAGACGCAGAGAGUGGAAGGAGCGCUAUGGGAACCAGAGAGACGACUACACGGCGAGGAACCGGACCAGUCACGAGCUGAAGGAGACCAGUUACUCCGACACGGUGACGGCUGGAAACAACAGACAGGCUAAAUAUUCCCGCUCGGGGAGUCGUCCAGAGAGAGACUGCAUCGAGCUGCUGCAGGACGCCGAACCGCUAGACUUCAACGCCGAGUCUCUGACCGACGACCCUCUGGAGGCGGAGCCUGGCAGACAUGCAGGAGGACGAUAUCUGUCCAUGUCCUCGUCACGGAGCCGGAUAUUCGACGACGUCUGACGGCGGAGGAUAAAUGUGGGAGGAGCCAUGAGCUGAACGAAGCCGUAAACAGGAAGUGAAUGUACCACAUGACCUCCAGGAUGCACGGUAACUAAAAAACACAGGUCAAGUCUUUGCAUCAGCUUUCACGUCCGGCUCGUCUGCAGCUCAAUGAAGGAACAUUAAAAACUUAAAGUUACAUAAAACCCUCCGAUGAUCAGAUAUUGAUCCGCAUGUCUGAACAGCUGCUGCAUGACGUCACUUUAAAGAAAAGGUCAAUGAAGGUCCACGGAGUUUAUUUAUGUCUUUAUUUAUGUAUCUGUAUGUUGGGAAAGAAUAAUCAUCAUUGAUACCUGAUCAAUAACUGUGUCUGAUGGUUUAACUCUUCAUCACUUCAUCUUCAUGUCUGGACUCGUUUCAUUCUAAUCAUGUAAGAAGCAGCUCCCACAUGAAUAAAAUCUGAAUCUAUAAUUAUAUGAAUCCCAAAAUCACAAUCAAAUAUAAUAUCACAAUCUUUUAUUUUGAAAACCAUCAGUCUGUUAAAUUUAACCAUCUUUUAAAUCACUUGAGUUGAAGUUUGAGGUUCACAUGUUAAAAUGUGUUUGUUUUUUAAUCCUUUUAUUUAUUCUGAGACUUUAAACUGAGAGCCAAAGCUCCACCUUCACAACCAGUUCACACUCCCAGUAGCACCAGUCACUAAUAAUCCACCAAUAAUCCACCAAUAACCUGAUAAUAUUCUUCUAAUAUAGAGAAUCUGAUAGGGGUCAUAGAACAUCAUAUAUAUCUGAAUAUUCAGAGUUAGGUCUUAUUCUGAAUGCAUCGUUUUCUGAUGAAGACGUGUGGAGUGAUAUGUUUAUUAUUCAUAUAUAUAUAGAUAUAUAGAUAUGUGGAAUAUUCUUCAUUAUGUGAACAGCUGAGGAGGAAUAUUGUCUUUUUCAGAAUAAAGGCAAAAAGCGGAGUAUUUAGUGACCUGUAGCCACACCCACUAGUGAUGUCACAGUGUACCGACACUCCCUGCAGUACACUGUGACAUCACUGCAGUACGUAGGGCCGAAUAUAUAGAUAUGAUAUUGAUAUGAGACUAGAUAUCUGUUUAUAAAGUAAAGAACACAGCCUGAUCUAUUAUUGAUAUUUAAGGACUUUAUCAUUAUUUCCUCAUUAAUGAUGAGAAAGUAAUUAAUAUUUAGUAAAAGCAGCUAAAGUCACUUCAACAAUAUCGUCUUAAUAUCCACAUGGAGGUAUUUUAUCAAAGAUAUUACGAUAUAUUAGAUUCAGCCAAACGCAAGAGUUUCAGUUAAAGUUACUGAAUUUAAACUAAAUAUGUGAACUCUAAUAAAUCUAACCCACAAAGUGUAAAAUUUGACAGAUGGUUUUCAAAGUAAAAUACCUGAAUCAUUUAAAUUAAGUGGCAUUUCAUUUUCUUCAGUAAGUGAUUAUAUUUUAUGCAAUCAGUUGCUAGUUCGAUUAAAUAUAGUUUAAUCAUUAUUUGCCUCCAUACUCAUAAACAUAUGUGUAAUUUAACUUUCUUUGUGUUUUUUUUCUCCACUUUGAGUUAAAAUGGUUAAAAAUAAAUAAAAAAUAAACUGUCACGUUGAAAUGAAAUGAAAAGUGUAAAUAUAAAACAAGAUGAAGAAGAGACCUUUAAAGGGACAAACCUGUGUUUCUGUUCAUAACAAGUUAUUAACCUUUACAUCAGUAAAAAUAAAAUAGCUCUCCUCCUGUUAGCCGUUAGAGGUGCUGCUAACGUUACUAGCUCUCCUCCUGUUAGCGGUGCUGCUAACGUCACUAGCUCUCCUCCUGUUAGCCGUUAGAGGUGCUGCUAACGUUACUAGCUCUCCUCCUGUCAGCCGUUAGAGGUGCUGCUAACGUUACUAGCUCUCCUCCUGUUAGCGGUGCUGCUAACGUCACUAGCUCUCCUCCUGUUAGCCGUUAGAGGUGCUGCUAACGUUACUAGCUCUCCUCCUGUUAGCGGUGCUGCUAACGUUACUAGCUCUCCUCCUGUUAGCGGUGCUGCUA